AUGCGCGUGGGUGAAGGAGUGGAGAACCCAGUUCGUGGGCGCGAACAACUCGGCGUUCGUGUUCGAUCUCGAUCGAACUCUAGAUUCCUCGACGGCUACGAAGUUAGACUGGACGCCGGACUCGGUCGCCAAGAAGAAGUGCAGAUUGAAAGGGAAGGAAGAAGACGACUGCCAGAACUACAAAACUGCGAGAAUAUUUACCGUUCGCGAAUCGCCCGCGUUUGCACCGACGACAAGGGAGGCAGAACGAUACUGGACUCCAGCUGGACGACUUUUCUGAAAGCGCGACUCGACUGUUCGUUCCGAGGAGAAUUUCUGUUCCGCUUCAACUACCUGCAGGACGUCGUGCGGAUCGUCCGCGGAGGAAAGGUCUUCUACUACGCCGUUUUCACGACGGGCGAACACGUAAUAUUCGCCUCGGCCAUCUGCAGUUUCGGCAUCGACGGCAAAAGGGAAAACUUCGAAAGAGGUCCGUUCUUGCGACCGACGGCGCCUUGGAGACGCAUCCAGGACGAGGACGAUCCGGACAACAGACCGGGCGAUUGUUCGGUCGACUCGACUCUACUGUCGUACGAAGAUCUAAACUUCGUGAAAUCCCACCCGUUGCUGUACGAACCGGUCGGAAGUGGGUACCCGCUUUUUACGCUCGUUCGACAAAACUACAGGUUGAAGACGUUGACCGGUAACCGUACGGUCGUUUUCGUCGGAACGGACGAUGGCCGAGUCUUGAAAUUGGUGCUGUCGGAAAAUCGGGCCGUCCUUCUGUACGUCAUGCGCGCGACGGAGCAACCGAUCACGAACGCCGGGUUGCACGGGAACUUUUUUUACGUAACCUCUACCGAUCGCCUUUACGAGAUCCCUCUUCAACGGCAUUGCCGACUCCUGAACGAUCGCAGCCCCAAGCAAGAUCCUCAUUGCAGUUUGAUGUCGACGAUCGCCGGCGACGAGUUGGACCAAAGACAGUCGGAGCACGUGCAGACAGUGGAAAAGACGAACGCGGACGUCGAGUUGGAACCAAGACCGUCGGAGCACGUGCAUAAUGUGCAGGCGACGAACGCCGACUUCGAGUUGGACCCAAGGCGGUCGGAGCACUUGCCGAACAGUUAG